CGCACUGCGGGGCUGCUGAAGAGACCGCGCUGACGGUGCCGGGGGGAGAGUGCAGGGAGGAGGAGGAGGAGGAGGAGGAGGAGGAAGAAGAAGAGGAGGGGGCGGUGUCGCCUCCGGCAGCGCUCAGCAGGUCGGGAAGCAGCGGGCCCUCAGUCCGGAGACUCUGCUCCGCUCUGCUCCGCUCCGCCGGGCCCUCCUCCUCUUCCUCCUCCUCCUCUUCCUCGCCACCAGCGGGGCUCUGCAGAGGCGCCAGGAAGCGAGUGAGCGAGCGAGCGAGCUGCACCAGACCCGGCAGAGGAGGAGGAAGCGGAGGAGGAGGCGGCGGCGGGCGGGAGAAAGAAGGCAAGCAGGACGCCCCGCUGCCCCGGCUCGGCCCUGGCUCCCCUCCGAGGGCCGCGAGGCGGAGGCGGCGGCUGAGCGGGGAGACCCGCGGCGGGGGCCACGAUGACGCGCCUCAGCUGGUGCUUCGCUGCCCUCAUCCGGUGGGGGAAGUACUUCUUCUCCUGCCUCCUGCCCCUGCGCUUCUGCCUGCGCCGGGAGCCUGAGGACCUCGAAGCAUCCACAUCACACACCUUCAAAGUGAAGAGCUUCAAGAAGGUGAAGCCAUGUGGGAUAUGUCGGCAGGCUAUCACCCGCGAGGGGAGUACUUGUCGAGGUUGCAACCUCUCCUGUCACAAGAAAUGUGAAGCCAAGGCUGCCACGCCUUGUAUGCCUGCUGGCAAUAAUGAACUGACCUCCACCGAGGAGAGUCCUGCAAAGCAUGUAGACACUCCAGUGUUUGCAAGAUCUCCCAGAAUUAUUCAGGCACGACGUAAACCUUCAAGGAGCUUGAGCCUAAAUCAGACCAUGGAGGACACUUGUGAACUAGAUUUGGUUUAUGUCACUGAGCGGAUCAUUGCUGUCAACUUUGCAAGUUUGUCAGAAGAACAGACCUUCUGCAGCAACCUGAAGGAGGUGGCACAAAUGCUUAAAUCCAAGCAUGGAGACAGUUACUUGCUUUUUAACCUGUCUGAGCGAAGACAUGAUAUCAGCAAACUCCACUCCAAGGUGCUGGAUUUUGGCUGGCCUGACUUGCACACCCCUGCUCUGGAGAAGAUAUGCAGCAUCUGUAAAGCCAUGGAUACUUGGCUCAAUGCCGAUCCACAUAAUGUGGUGGUUCUUCAUAAUAAGGGAAACAGAGGCCGAACAGGGGUUGUUAUUGCUGCCUACAUGCACUACAGCAACAUUUCAGCCAGUGCUGACCAAGCUCUGGACCGGUUUGCCAUGAAGAGGUUUUAUGAGGACAAAGUGAUCCCAGUGGGGCAGCCAUCGCAGAAAAGGUAUGUCCAUUACUUCAGUGGUCUGCUCUCUGGCACCAUCAAAAUGAACAACAAGCCUCUUUUCCUGCAUCAUGUCAUCAUGCACGGUAUUCCCAACUUUGAGUCUAAAGGAGGCUGCCGGCCCUUCCUCAAGAUAUACCAAGCUAUGCAACCAGUCUACACAUCUGGCAUCUACAAUGUGCAGGGAGAUAGCCAGACCAGCAUCUGUAUCACCAUAGAGCCUGGACUGCUCUUAAAGGGAGAUAUAUUGCUGAAAUGCUAUCACAAAGAGUUCCGCAGCCCAACACGGGAUGUUAUCUUCCGGGUGCAGUUCCACACAUGUGCCAUUCAUGAUCUGGCCGUUGUCUUUAAUAAGGAAGACCUGGAUGAUGCCUUUAAAGAUGAGCGAUUUCCAGAGUACGGGAAGGUGGAGUUUGUUUUCUCUUACGGUCCUGAGAAGAUUCAAGGCAUGGAACAUCUUGAGAAUGGUCCCAGUGUCUCAGUGGACUACAACACCUCAGAUCCACUUAUCCGCAGGGACUCCUAUGAAAGCUUUAACCUGCAUCGAGAAGACAGCAUGGAGGAGGUUGGACACACCCAAGGCCCCCUGGAUGGCAGCCUUUACGCCAAGGUGAAGAAGAAAGACUCGCUCCACGGCAGCACCGGCGCCGUUAACACCAACCGCAUUACCCUAUCUGCUGCUGCCAACCACAUUGAGCACACUCUUUCUGUCAGCAGUGAUUCGGGCAAUUCCACUGCUUCUACCAAGACAGACAAGACUGAUGAGCAGGCAGUGCCAGCACUCCCCGGUAGCAGUGGAGGGAGCAACCCUAUACUAACUCCAGAAGAGAAACGGGAGCUUGAGAGCUUGCUCAGUGGUUUUGGAUUGGAAAACGAAGCCACCAUGCAUAACCACAACCCCAGUGGGGUAGGCAUGAUCACCACUGCCCCAUCAGGCCGCCACAUAGUCCCAGCUCAAGUUCAUGUCAAUGGGGAGGCUACUAGCAGCUUGGUGGCUGAGAGGGAAACAGACAUUUUGGAUGAUGAACUGCCCAAUCAGGAUGGGCACAGUGUGGGUAGCCUGGGCACUCUCUCUUCCUUUGAUGGCACCACUAACACUAGUGACCUGGGCUACCAUGAGGCCCCCCGGAUGGAGAGCCUUGCUUCCUUGCCAAAUGGAUCAUCCAACUUCAAUGGCAUAGAUAAGCUGCAUGAUUCAGAGACAGUCAUCAAUGGUGGCUACCCUUAUAACAAUCAGAACACCUUAAGGAGCAUGAUGGGGCGUCACCCCCAAGACCCCUAUGGGCACAUACGGCCCUCAGUGUCUGCCCAGGAAAAUUUGGCUGACUACUAUCAGCAUGGCUUCCCCACUCCUGCCUGGCUUCAACCUCAGCCACCAGCCUGCAGCCAGCAGUACUCCUAUGGCUAUGAUCCAAAUGGCAUAUACCGCUCCCAGUCCUUCCCCACGGCUACAGCAGAGAGCCCCCAACUCCCCCAGGCACCAACCCGGAGCACAAGUAGCCGGGAAGCUGUCCAGAGGGGCCUUAACUCUUGGCAGCAGCAAGGUGCAGGCAGUAGGCCACCAUCCCGCCAGCAAGAUGGUUCCCGAGACAGCCAAAGUCCUAGUGUCUCCAGUGCUAGCCCUCAGCCCAGUCCUUCGCAAGCAGCACUUACUCAGAGCAUCAGCAUCCCUGAAUUUCCUCGUGUGGCAUCCCAGAAGGAAAUAGAGCAGUCAAUUGAAGCCCUUAACAUGCUCAUGCUUGACCUGGACCCCUCUUCCUCCUUGGUAAUGCACAAAUCCCAGAGUGUCCCAGUGGCCUCUAGAGAAGAGAAACCACAUCCAGUGGCCCUUUCCAUGUCUGCCCAGCCAGUGGCUGGUCCUCAUGUAGUGCAGCCUAAAUCUACCAAUGCUUUUGGGCCCAUCCCAGGAAGCCCUUCAUAUAACUCUAUGGACACUACUGUGUCCCAGCUCCCUGAGGCACCACCUAAAGCGCAUCCCACCAGACUGCUGCUCCACAAUGCUGGAGAGCCAGAAUUCCCAUCACAGGAUUACAGAGAGGCCUACUCACCCUAUGGCUAUCAAAACCAGCAACCAACACAAGCCAGGAGCUAUGGUCAGAGUGCAGGAAGCCCUCCAACAUCUCCCAGGCCCCAUGCAAUGGCAUACAAACUAAUGGAGGGGCAGCAUCCUCUGCUGAUAUCACCCCCAUCUCCUGUAGUAUCAGUCCAAGCCCAAGUGCCAGGAAAAGACACAGAGAAUCCCGAAGAACCCUCUCGGCCCACAGAGGAAGAGCCUUUGCAUCUGGAAGGUCUAGUGGCCCAGAGAAUAGCAGAGUACAACGCCAAACUCCGGGACAUCCGGAAGAGUAUAAAAAGCCCCCAUCCUCCUCUUCACCGACAACGAUCCUUCUCCUUUUCUGGAGUACAGUCACCACGGGAGAAGUCACCAGAAGAAACAGAAGCCCCUGUCCGAAGACGCACAACCAGUGAAGGCCAGUAUGAGAACAGUCCUCAGGACCCAAGUUCACCCCGAAGUCCCACCGUUCGCUCUCCAGUUCAUUGUGUCUCACCAGAGGUGGUUAGCACCAUCUCUGCCAACCCUGGAGGAAGACCCAAGGAGCCCCAUCUGCACAGCUACAAAGAGGCUUUUGAAGAGAUGCAGGGGACUCCUCCAAGCAGUCCACCUUCCAGUGGUGGUGAGACCUCUCCCCCAACCCCUGCCUUCCCUGUCUCACCACAAACCCCUUACAGUAAUCUGUUACGCUCUCCACCAGGAUUGGCCAAGACUCCCCUUUCAGCCCUGGGCCUGAAGCCCCACAAUCCAGCAGAAAUAUUGCUGCAGCAGUCAGGAGAACUAGAUGAGGAGACAGUAGUUGAGUCUUAUGAAGAACCCCGGAGCUAUGUGGAAUCCGUGGCACGUACAGCAGCUGGUGGUGGCAUUGGUGGCAGUGGAAGCCACACCGUUGGGAAAUCUCCAUCAACCCCAGCUCUGCAGAUCUACAGCAUCGAGACCCCAGAAAGGAAUGGGUCUUUCACCAACUCCUUCACCUCACCAAGCCCUGUUGCGUCCAGCAGCCCCAUGCACAGCACAGAUGGGGCCUCGAUAAACAGCUACCCUUCGGAGAACAGUACCAGUAUAGCCAUACCCUCCCAGCCCUCUGCUGACUCCAGCUUCCAGUCCAGCAAUAUUUCUCAGGUGCCCUCGGCACACAGCAGCUACCAAAACACAUCAACAUCAACUCAGGGCCUCCCAAGCUAUAUGAGUGCUGAUUUCCCUGAUGGCCGAGUUAGUUCUCAACUAGAGAGGUCUCAGCCUCAAGUCAGUGCAGUUGGGGUCCAUGUCAUGCCUGGAAGCCCCCAUUCUCUCCACAGAACAGUGGCCACCAAUACUCCUCCUAGCCCGGGAUUUGGGCGGAGAGCUGUCACCACCAACAUGGUGGGAACACCAGGAAGCCCAAGUAUGAGCAGGCACUUAAUGGGUCCACAUGGCAACCUCGUUGCAGCACCUGGGAGCCCAAACCUUGUUCGGCACCAGCCUGUAAUGGGAGGAGGUACAUCUGUAGUUUCUGGUAGUCCCAGUUUGGAUCGGCAUGUCAUCUAUGGAUACUCAACUCCUGAGGAGAAGCGCCCGGCGCUGUCCCGCCAAAGCAGUGCUGGAGGCUACCAAGCUCCAUCCACACCAUCUUUUCCUGUAUCCCCGGCCUACUACCAUGGAGUGAGCAGUCCACAUUCUUCUUCCCCUGACUCAGCCAUUUACAGGCAGGGGAGCCCUACCCCACCGCAACCGCAGCUUCCAGAGAAGAGAAGGAUGUCAUCAGGGGAUCGAUCAAAUAGCCUGCCCAACUAUGCCACAGUGAAUGGCAAAACCUCAUCACCCAUCUCCAGUGGCAUGUCCAGUCCCAGCAGCAGUAGUGGCAUGGCUUUUCAUCAGACUCUACCAGAUUUCUCCAAGUUCUCAAUGCUAGACAAUAGUCCUGAGACCAGAGCUAACGUGAAGUUUGUCCAAGAUACUUCCAAGUAUUGGUACAAGCCGGAGAUUUCCAGGGAACAAGCCAUUGCAUUGCUGAAAGACAAGGAACCUGGGGCCUUCAUCAUCCGAGACAGCCACUCCUUCAGGGGAGCCUAUGGAUUGGCCAUGAAAGUGGCUUCUCCACCUCCUGGUGUUGUGCAGCAGAAUAAAAAGGGAGAUCUUGCUAAUGAGCUUGUAAGGCAUUUCCUGAUAGAAACCAGCCCUAAAGGUGUAAAGCUAAAAGGAUGUCCUAAUGAGCCAAAUUUUGGUUGCCUAUCUGCCCUGGUUUACCAGCACUCCAUUAUGCCUCUGGCUUUGCCCUGCAAGCUGGUCAUUCCUGACCGAGGUAAAGGCACUAACAUCAAGUCAUAUCCCAUGGAUGAAACAAAAGAGACAACCUCAUCAAGCAAUUCAGCGACUGACUUGCUCAAACAGGGAGCAGCCUGCAACGUGCUCUUCAUUAACUCAGUGGAGAUGGAAUCCUUAACAGGACCACAGGCCAUCGCCAAAGCUAUCACUGAGACACUGGCCGUCGAUACCCCACCUUCCGCUACUAUUGUUCACUUCAAAGUCUCAACGCAAGGAAUUACCUUAACAGACAACCAGAGGAAGUUAUUCUUCAGACGACAUUAUCCCAUCAACACGGUUACUUAUUGUGAUGUAGACCCACAAGAGAGAAAGUGGACUAAAUCCGAGAGUGGUGGCUCUGCAAAGCUCUUUGGCUUUGUGGCCAGAAAGCAAGGCAGUACGACGGAUAAUGUCUGCCACCUUUUUGCUGAGCUGGACCCCGAUCAGCCGGCUGCUGCCAUCGUCAAUUUUGUUUCCAGGGUUAUGCUCGGCUCCUCUCAGAAGAGAUGAGCUGCUGUCUUCCCCCAGCUGGGGGCUUCUUGCCCUUGAAUUUUGAAGAAGGACUUGGAGUUGUUCCGAGAAAGAGUGUAAGGAAGUGCAUGGUGAAAGAAGGAAGUGAACCAAUGGGGGGAAAGAGAAGGGAAAAUAUGCCUGAAUUGUUGGAAGGCCCAAACCAACCAAAUGUACGUACAAAGCAGAAGCCAAGGAAUUGACAUUGUCACCUUUCCCUGCUGAGUUCCAGAGGUGGAGACAGUUUGGCUUUUGGAUCAGCAUGAAAUCAGAGAAUUCAGCCCCACAAGCCAAAGCACGGAUCUUAUUAACCUUUGUGGGGUUAGGACUAUAUAGUAGUUGCUUGUUUAGAAAAUAAGGCAAACAAACAAACAAAAAAUAAUCAUGAAUACCUGAGCUUCAGGAAUCACAUUGAGAGACAUGCCAAACAAGCAAUCAUUUCUGAAAGUUAUUGCUCCCAACUCUUCAACUGCUGAAUGUAUGAAACAUGUCAGUGUGGGUGUGCACAAAUGUGUGCCAGUGUGUUUGUGUGUGUGUGUAGUGUUCACAUGUUUUAAUGUGUAUCUGUGGAACUCUGCAGCAUUAGGACCCUGCCUCUGCUGAAUGUCAAGUGGUGAUUAUUCAGAAUGUUUAUUUGUUGACAUCCUAAUUAGCCCCUUCCAUCAGGGAUAUAGGUUUCUAUCAAUCUGGCUGAGAGGAAUAUCUCCUGAGCAGAUACAAACAUUGUGAGAUCUAUUAGGGAGGUGAUAAGUUCUGAUUUUAACCAGCUGUGGCACAUAACCAGACCCACAGUCUUACACACACACACACACACACACACACACACACACACACACACACACACACACACACACAAGAGUUGUUGAGUGGGAGAUCUCUCCCUAGCUAGUUUUAGGAGCAUGCUAGCCAAAAUAAAAGAGUUAUCUCUGUGCAGUGAAGUCAAUCUGUGACAGGCCCUUGAAACAGAGACAUUGUCCCUGCCUCUAAAACCGUGAAAUACCAGCAGUUUGGGAAUGCCAUUCCUUUUAUGUAUAAGGUAAAAACUACCCUGUCCAGGUUUCUCCUUUCUCCUUUGGGAGAAAUGCACGCAGUUUUGUAUGUUGCAUGAAAUUUAUUCUGUAGUGCAAAGAUGAGAUGAAUGAUCUGAUCAUGGGGAAGGGGUUUUGUAAGAUUAAUCUUUUUUUAAAAAAAGAUCCCGGUUGGGGUGAGCUCUGGCUUAAGCAUGGCCAUAGGUGAUCCAACAACCAUUUAGUAUGCAGCAAAAUUUGUUCAUUGGUUUGCCUCAUUAAUUUUUCUUUUGCUACAGAAAGCAUCAAGCCUUAUUCUGACCCACUAGCCCACUGUUAGCUGCGUGGUCUUUGAUUGAGAAUUGUUGUAGAAAGGGAGACAAUUCCUUAAUGGACUUGCGAAUUGUCUCAUGAAGAGCAACUUCAUACCCAUCUCCACAUUGAUAGAGGAUCUAUACCUUUUUCUGCUCACCAUCAACAACCAGUCGUAUUAUCAUGAUUUAUGACGUUCUUUAUGGGGGCCACAAAAGUGUUGUAUUUUAACUGAUGGUUCUCCGUAUGUUUGUCAAAAAGAGGUUGAAUUGUCAGAAGGUGAUUGACUAUAGAAGGAUCUGUUGUGGGUCUUCUGAGUUCAUUGAGAGAUUUUCUCACUGCCCUUGCAAGUCUUUUGCUAAAUGAACAAAGAGCUGUCCCCAUGUAUCAAAUCCUAUGGGUUUAUUGUGAAUUCUUCAAUCUGUACUUAAACUAGAGCUAAGGCCCUACUUAAGCAAGUUGCAUUGUUUUGCCUUGUCAUCUGGUCCAGGGCAGACCGGUCUGAAGAGACAGGUAUAUGCAUGGCAACAAUGUAAGUCUGUUGGCCAUAUACAUCUUACACUGAUAAUACAGGAUGGUCUUCAUGACACACAGCAACAGUGGAAAGUCAGUUGGGUUGAUGCCUUCUGGUAGGCUAUUUCUCUCUCUCCCCCCCCCCCCCACCCCAAGCAUUAAGAUGCAAAGCCAUAUCCCACAAAAUGUUGUCUGGCUUGUUGAUACAACAGAACCUAAAAAUAUUGGGAGAAGACCUCUAGGGACAGAAUGUGUGUCAAUGAGACACUUCAGUACCAAGUCAUGUAGUGACUCAAAGUCAAAAAUGAAUUCCAAGACAUGCUGCCACUUAAAUUCCCCUGGAGAGUGUGGCUCUCUCAUUGCCUUGAUAUAAUAUAUAUGUAUGUAUGUAUGUAAGUAUGUACGUAUGAAAUAUACUGACAAAAUAAUGUAAGCUAGUCAAAAAAAUUUAAAAAGUGAAAUUUCCAAGAAAAGUAUUUAUUUUUGCCAUAUUGCUUUUAUCUAUCUUUUAUCUCCUCCAAUAUUUGCAAUAUCAUGCCAUUCCCCCUUCCCCAUGUUAUUGUUUCUUGUAUGUAUAACUUAGUGCAAAAUAAUUAGUAUUCUUGACAUGGGCAAGGUUUUAAAAGAUGAUGGCUAUCCCUCUCCCAAGCUUCUUAACGUGUUUUUGAUUUUGUACCACAAUAUGGCAUCUUACGGUAUUUUUCAUCCCUGCCGCCUCAUUUUUAGUAAUCUGCCUGAGCAAGUGAGCAUGUAUGGAUUGGUACUCUGUUGCUGAGUGAUAUGAGGGUUAGCGGUGAGCGCAUGUGUGAAAGUGUGUGUAGAGAGAGAGAGAGACAUUUUUUGGAUACUGUACAAAAUGUGGGUUUUGCAUCCGAAAGCUGUUGCCGAGACAGGUCCUUGGAUGGAGUGGGAGCAUCAAGUUUUGGUGUCAUCAUCCAGUCUCCACACCCUAUCCCCAUCCAGAUGGGAUGCUGGAGAUUUCAACAGCUUCUUCUUUAUGUUGGUUGCAAAUAUUUCUCUCCUUCUGCAAAAUUCAAGCAAGAUGAUUCCCCCUCCCUCGCCUGCAACUGUCUCACCCUGCCAUUAACCAAUUAGAGAAACACUGUGUCUAUAGAUAUAUAAAUAUUAUAAAUAUAUAUAUAUAUUUUUGAAAGUCUCUAUUUUUCAGACUUCAUUUUUUUUCACUGCUUUCAAGCACUUGCAGUUUCCUCCCCCUUUCCUUGAACAUUUUCUGCCCUGCUGCAGAACGUGGUAUUGAUACUUAAUUGUUUUAUUUCUGUUUUGCCAUUCAAAAGAAAUAAGCUUGAUGUAAGUCAUCUAAUGGUCAUAUAUAAAUAAAUAUCAUCAUGGCAAGCAUGUGCAUGUCAACAGAAUACCUGCUUCUUGCCACAACCUGCUCACUACUAACUCACUCGCUGAAGAUGGGAAGUUUAAGAUCUCUACAUCUUAGGCAUUACUGCUGAUAAUGGCUUUUAAAAAACGGAAAGAGAAGAGAAGAAGCAAAGCUAAUCACAUUAUGUAACAUGUUGCUUUUUUUGCUUGCAUCUAAGACAAAAGCUGCAUUAUAGGAGUAAUGAUUGUGUUUAUCAUCCCUGUGUAACUGAGAUCGACCUCAGCUCCUCCAGCAUGGCUUUUCAUUCGGAUUAGUGAAAUGAGAGCCCACAGGGGCACAAGCGCUUGUUAAGGGCCAUUAAUUUUCCUUACUCUAAACCAGGAAAUUCUUCUGUAUAUUUUGAUAGGGUCAGAAGAAUCCUGAUUUCAUUGCCUCCCUUCAACAGGCGUUGUGCCUUUCCAGGACAGGGACAAGUAUUAACAAGACUAGAAUAGCAAAUAAAUCAUUUUUAUGGACUGCCAGUCCAGCCAUGAUAGGAAGAGUGCCUCUUGAGGCAUGUUUGAAUUUUGAAAAGGCAGUUAAUAGCUAUCACAAAUUUGAGAGUGAGAAGCCUUUGCCUUUGCCUUUGCCUUCACCUGCAAUCUCCACCUUGCAGGCUAUUAAGCUAAGCCAUGUUCAUUAUCUAUUGUGAUCUGUCUAGAUAUUUGCCCAGAAUGUGAGCAAACUAUUGCAUCGAUGUUUCCUCUUUGGUGAAUCAAAGACAAAAAGCCAUACUCACAGUUAUUUCAUUGGAUUGGAGAGUUGUUUUCUUGUAAUGCUGGUAAAACUGAUUUUUUUGGUUUGCCUUCUGUUGAAUCCCAAAUGCUGGAGGAGCUGCUGCAAUCUUCCCAAUAAACACACACAUUUUGUUGAUUCUAUUUCUUUUAAGGAAUGCAGGAGAAAAGACUGUCCCAUUCGAAACACGCCCCUCUUUCCAAUGCCUGGGAAUUAUGUUUACUGUAACUUUAUCCCAUGUAUGCUAUGUAAUAAUGAUUCUAUUAGUUCAAUAGUUCAAGGUGGUAUAUUUUAUUCACCAGCACACAAACAUCUUCCCCUGUGCAAAGAGUAUUGCAUAAUCUUGCCAAAGAUACCUAUUUGACAUGCACUUUCCUCUUCCUGAUGGUUGUACAUUUAUUUCAUGUGCCUCUUUCCUUUUCUUGUUUUGUGUUCUAUUAGGUUGGCUAGUGUUUUUUCGUUCGUUUUAUCUAGUCAAUUUAUGAAACACUAGCCAUCCUUCAAUAGGUUGGCGAUGUCAUCUGUUUUAUGUGUAAUUUGAUAUAUGAGGAAAUUUAUUGAGCAAUGAAAUAGCCAAAGUAACAUAUGUAUAUGUUAGAGAACAGGAGUAAAGCCAUUCAAAUACCCUCAUAUGCUUGUCCUCGAGGCCUUAACCUUUAUACAAAAUAGAGCUCAGUCCUCCCGAUGGUCCCCUAUUCCAUAUCAAAUAAACAGCCAUUUUAUAUUGCUUACUCAAAUCGCUCACCAGGACAUUUGAGAAAAAAAUUAAAGUCAACAGCACUAGACACAGAAGUGUAUCUUCGUAUCUUGACAUUGCUUCUCAGGCAUUCACAAAGACUUAAAUAUGUUUUACUACUGUUGAGGUUAUUUGAUAUCCAGUGCAGUGGAGAUGUGAGAAUUAUGACCUGAUAAAUGUCUCCACCAUGGUAGCCUGCUGCACUGUAGUUUUUUGCAGGACUAUUAGUUAACAUUGUAGUUAGCUAAUCCUUCCUCUUACUGUACUCGUGGGAGCAUCCACUGCCAUAUCAGACUAUACCACAAACACUUCAAUGAACCAUCUCAGGCUGCAAUCUGAUAGACUGGAAAUCAGCAUAAAGAGGAAAUGAGGCCAAUAUAUGGGAAGGAUAUGGCUAUCUACUUUUAGCCUGUAAUGUAGUUGUUCAUUCAAAAGAGAUGGGAUCCAGGUAAAUUUUAUGUGAUGUGUUAUCGAGAAAUAUUUGGUGAAAUCCAUUCAUUUUAUUCAAUGGAAAUAGGAGCCUCCGGUGGCACAGUGGGUUAAACUCUUGUACCAGCAGAACUGAUUACUUGAAGGUUGGGAUGCUGACCUGAAGAUUGCCAGUUUGAAUCCAACCCAGGGAGAGCGCGGUUGAGCUCCCUCUGUCAGAUCCAUCUCCCCAUGUGGGGAGAUUAGAAGCCUCUCACAAGGAUGGUAAAAACAUCAAAAUAUCCGAGUGUCCCCUGGGCAACGUCCUUGCAGAUGGCCAAUUAUCUCACACCAGAAGCAACUUGCAGUUUCUUAAGUCGCUCCUAGCAUGAAAACAAUUAGAAAUAGCUUUUCUAACAUGGAGAAGAUCAUUUUGUGUCUACCUGCAAGUAUUUAAAAAAAAGUCCAUCAGGAAAGAGAGAGAAAGAUAUAGCACUCAGAUGCAAAGGGAUUCAAAACGAGAUGUCUAAGAGUCAGAUGAGAAUGUCAGACAUAUAGGCCACAUGUGAGACUGUCUUUUUUUAUGCAGCCUUCCCAGGAACAUCAAAACCCCCAUCCUCCAAUUUUCUAAAACCUUUUCAUGAGUGAUCGAUUGCUCCACAUUAUCCAAACCAUUGUCAAAACCCAGCAAGAUUCACCCCCUAAAACCUCAAACAAAAACAAACAGCCCCAGUAGCUAAAAAUAAAUGUAAAUUAAAGUCUAAACACAAAAGUAUAACUUGCCAGGGGAGGGGAGGGCAAAGUAAAACCUGCCCCCCUUCCAGUGCAGCUGCCAAACCCUAUUCUAAUAGAAGAGAAGAAUUUAAACAUUGAUGGAUUGAAUGUCGAUUUUGCUAUUCCCACAUCCGACUUUUUCAUUUAAUUUUUAAAUGCUGUGGUUGAAUCUUUGCCAUCAGCACUUUGCUCAUCUUCUCAUUAGCACUCACACUCAGAGACCAUGUUGAGUUGUGGCCUUACACUUACCUGGAGCCCAUAAAUGGGCAGCCUAGUAACACACCCAACAAAGCACCUGGACUCCCAACCCUGCCCUUAGCGAAUACCUCAAACUACUUGGACUGGUCAAGAGAAUGUAUUAUAGUGUUAUUUUCAAAUGCAACAAUGAAAGUAUCUGAUGUGACUUCUUGAUUCCUGAAAUGGUUUUGAAAUAUCAAGCCCAAACAGAAAAAAGGCUAGCUUUUCAUACUUAAACCUGUUCCAUGAAAGCAGAUCCUGUAGAAACCAGGGAAACAAGUGAUAUGUUCAGAAAUCAUGUUUUCUUUUUCAGCAGGGAUUCUUACUAAUAGCAGUAAAAGUGACCCCAUUAAUCUCCACUGGCCCUGAUGAAGCAAAAUCAUGAGGCCCAAUAGACUUGCUCUGGAGCAAAUCACUUUCUCCAAAUGCUCAAGACCUGACAGUAUUUACUAGGGAGUACAUUAGUUUGAUUUUUGUGGGUAAGUAAACCUGGGAUAGCAACCAAAUAGUGCAGACCCAUACUUUUUGUUAACCGCAUUUGCUGUUUUGUGACUCCUGUUAUUUUUUUAUUGUUGCCACAGAUUUGUUGUCAGUAUUAAUAACUCCCUGAAACAACCCUUCAUUUUUCCUUCUUGCACCCUUGCAUUUUUAAAACAAAUGCACAGAUGUGCAAAUGCAUACUUGGGCAUAUACACAGAGGAGUCAGAGGGAGGAAAACCCCAGACUAACUGCCUUUCUAUGUAUUUAUAUAGACAUAAUUUUCCUUUAUAUUUUGUAUCUUUGUGCCCAUAAUUUUCAUCACAGCUCUGCGCCACUCAUGGUUCAUGUGUGAAUGAACCAUACACACCCAAGCUUUCAUUUCCCUUUGUACAGUUAUCUUAACUCAUUGCAGUUACUUGUAUGGCUUUAUAAAUGAUAAGAUUUUAAACAAAAUCAAUUAUAUGAAAUAUACUGUUGCUUGAAAUGCCCAGCUUGGUGACUGGAUUGCUGGAAUUGUAUAUCAAACAUUAAGAGAGUGAAGGAAUAAAGGCUCUCUACUUUUUGCACAGGGAAAACAAGUAUGGUGGGUGUGUUCAGUCCUGCACCCUUGCACUUUGCAGUGUACAGAUAUACCCUGCAAAAGAGUAUCUCAAAAAGCAGCAGGAUGGGUCUCCAAUUUCAUCCACAUUUCAAAUUAAUGGAAUGGUUCCUGCUUAAGAAAAAAAAAUCAAAGGAAACUUGAAUUUUUUUUGAAAUGUCUAAGAAUAGUUUUCAAAUGAUAUAUCAUAUCUAAGCAUCCUCAACUUGUCUGACAGACUAGAGCACUGUCAAAAUCUGAAAAUGCUUGAAAGCCCCGCUAAUGCAAGAAAUCACACUAGAUAGUUCUGAAUCAAUUAAGGGGAGAAGGAACAGCAUGCUGAGUAGGAAAAAAAGGCAAUGUGUAGUUGAAAGAGUGGACUGAGGGAUGAAAGUGUGGUAUAUGGCUAAUAUAAUUACAGUCUGUUGAAAGCGCAAGUAAUUGAAAGUUAGUCAUUAAAAGGCAAGGAAAACCUGUCUCUAAUUUAUUACUGCAGUUUAAGCUAAUUUUAACAUUCAGUCAAUUAAUUUCCACCUAAUAUAGCCCAUUCUCUGGAGCAACAUCAUCUUCAUCACUGUGUUGACUUUAUUAGAGCUCACAAUGCACACACACAAACCCUAAUUUUUAAAAGUUGCAUCGCAUCAAAACUUGUGUACGAUAAAAUGGCAAAAGCCUUUUUACCAUACUGAAAUAUGUACCAGUCUACAAACUGGCCGAAUUUCUGCAAAAUCACUAAACAUUCACAAUUUUAUAAUUGCUGAAGAGAAUAUUUUCCAUAAUGCUGAGAAUGAAUAUGCCUACCACAAACUGGUGGUAAAACCACACACAAAACCUUACAGCUGCAAAGUAGUGAAAACAAAAGCAUUACAGGAUUCCCAAAAGAAAAUGUUGGAAGUAGAAGAUCCACAUAUGAGAGGAGGAUUACAGAGAAGGCAAAGGAUAAGACAGAAGGACACAUCAGUGCAGCAAGUCAAAAUGACUAAAGUAAUAAAGAUCAUUUAGAGAGUGAAGCCAAAUUUCCUCUAAUAGGGGAAAGUAGAUAAUGGAGAAGUCAAUAAAUCUGUAGACUAGUUAACUGAACAGAGUCCAAGGAUUGAAUUAAGCAUGUUGCUUUGAAUUAACUAACCAUUUUGUUGGUCAUACAUUGUUAGUGGUAAGUAUAUUUCCAUACAAAAUAUUCCCAAAAAGAUCAAAAGCACAGGCUGUGAUGUUUCCUAGAAGCAACACAGUGAAUGGCAAUGCUAGUACAAAAAAAAAUAAAUCCAACAGCAAUGCUGUGCAAAUUUACAUUAUUAUUGGGUCCAUCCUGAGGGCCUGGAUGAAACUGCAUCAUCGGAUGUGACAACAAUCGUAGCAUUCCAUUGUCGUAGUUCCAUCUGACAAUACCAUGCCUAAAACCCCAAUGAUGUAGUCUGACUAUUUAUUUUUUACAAUACUUAUAUCCCGCCCUUCUCACCCAUAGGGGACUCAGGGCGGCUUACAAUAAAACACAAUUUAAAAAUAUUACAGACAAUUCAAUCAAUUAAAAUUAAAUAUAUUAAACAUUGGUAAAAAUAUAAAUAUAAAUACACAAUUAAAAUUAAAUAUAUUAAACAUUGAUAAAAAUAUAAAUAUAAAUACACAAUUGGUGCAUUUCGAGUCUGAUAACUGGUCUCCAUCAAUGCCUCCAUCAAAGAGUUUCCAAGGAGCUGUACAUUGGGGCACAGUGAAAUUAUGUCUUCAUUGCCAUCUAUCAUGGAGUGGAUCCAGAACAGGCAUCUGGAGGUCCUGCCCCAACUGCUUGUGUCAAGAUAUUUUGCAGUGGGCAGAGUGCUGAUGAGGUCACUUCCCCAUGCACUAAUCUGCAACACCUCAGAAAGCAUUUGGUUGAGGUAUUUCCAGGCUGAAAUUGUAUGUUUUUAGAAUUGCAUUUGACAUUAAAUGUGAAUUAUCAACAGCUACAAGUUUGCAAAUUGAGUUUACUGUCUCAUACUUACUGACUAGGAUGCCAGCUUGUAUAUAUUUAUGGGGUAAUUCUGUUUAGACAUAUCUAUAGUACCAAUAGUGCAAGGCUGCCUGGUGAUAGAAUGAGAGAAGCAAAGGAGACUGGGUAUCUUGAGAUAUGCAGAGGAUUAUCAUAACAAAUUCAGUCUCUCUGUACAAAAAGCCAUAAGAAACUCCAGAGCAACCUCACUCUAGAGCAACUCCAGAAUAACCACUUCCCAACUACAGCAGGACUGGGUCUGAUUUGUACCAGCCCAUUGUCUACAUGGGGCAUUGCUGCCAUUCUUUUUCUCUUGCAUUCCUCAGUAAUAGGGAGAAGGGGAUGAAUCCUGGCCAUAUAACUGCCAUUGUCACUCCCAGAUGACCACACAAAACAGAUGAUAAUGUGGCAGUUCAGUGAGGCAAAUAUGGUUUCAACAUAGUUGGACAGUGUGAACAUCAAAGUGCCACUAGUAUGGGUUCAGGAUGGCUCAUUUGGCCACCGCCAGACCUGGUCCAGGGCACUUCUGCUCAGGACUUGCCCCAGAUUAACUGGCCAUUGUAGACUUGCCCUAAGCAGUAUUUGUAAAUAUGAAACAAUUAGUUGUGAUUUUGAUGUCUUUAUCACAACUGACAAUGCCUCCAGAGUCCCCAUAAACAGGGAAUAUGCACACCUAGUUAUGCGGUCCAGCUGGCCCAGUUAAAUAAUCAGAAUAUUUAGGAAUGAUGAAGAGAUGUAGAAGGCAUGCUUAAUCGUAAAAAAAAAAAAAACUUUGCCAAAUGCUAGAAGGAGCACAAACCAUUGGAGGUGGAUCGAUUACUAUUUCUCACCUACUUCGAUUUCUCAUAUAUUCAUUCUGUCUUUUCUGUUUUAUGCAUUAAUCUGUGAUUUUUAAUAAAGCGCAGUAGAAAAAGGUUUAAA